UGACGCAGAGUCACAUGACGUUUUUUCCAGACGCAGCAACAAAUCCAAAAUCUUGCCGUUGUUCCGCUAUCAUACUUCUUCGUUGGACAACAUAACUCUCCACAUUUACAACUACCGGUAAAUACGCAGUCAAACAGGUUAUAAUAGCGGCCUGGGUGAACAGAGUCGCUGCAUAUGGAGGUAGAGGGGAUGGAAGAUGAAGGACCUUCAUCUCAGAGCGAACUUCCACACAGUGAAGAUCUCCAGUUGGCACAGCAGGAAUCAGUGCGUGUGGAGAGCUCAGCCCCUGUAGAGAAUGUGUUUGUGGAUAGGAAAGCAGUGGACAAACUCACGGAGGGUUUACUCUCUCACUACCUGCCAGACCUACAGAACUCUAAACGAGCCCUCCAAGAGCUCACGCAAAAUCAGCUGAUACUGUUAGACACUCUGGACCAAGAAGUCACCAAGUUCAGAGAAUGUAAUACCUUACUGGACCUCAAUUCACUGUUUACAGAGGCGAAGGUUUACCACAAUAAACUGGUGAACAUAAGGAAAGAGAUGAUUCUGCUCCACGAAAAGACAACUAAACUAAAGAAAAGAGCUUUGAAGCUGCAGCAGCAGAAGCAGAAGGAGGCGCUGGAGAAGGAGCAGCAACGUGAGAAGGAGCUCGAGCGAGAGAGGCAGCUUAUUGCCAAACCUGCUAAAAGAACGUAGGAUCCCCAUCCCCAAGUACGUCUGCUGUGUUACUGGAAAAUACAGGUGGUUUUGCAUGUUUUAGCCUAUUUAUAACAUAUCAGCUAUAUGUUAAAUUACCGCUGAACAUUUUCCAAAGUAUUUCAGUUUUUUGGGGGUGUUUUUGCCUUUAUAUGACAAAAUACUGUAGAGAAUCAAAGAGAGAGCAGACUGGGAAGAUGAGAUGCAGUUAGGUUUUUCAUAUCCUAGACCACAAGGGCCCCAACGCCCCAGUAUUAUCAGCUCUUUAAAUGCCUUUCCCUGCUGUCCAGGUAUCAUGAUCAAUCCACCAGGCUGAAUAUUAACAUCUACUUUUAUUAUUGUCCAUUUUAAAUGAUCGUUGCAUGGUGAUGCAGUUGACGGUGCUCAUUGAUGUGACAGAUUUGCUUUGAGUUAUUGCACAAUAUCACAGUUCAGGCAAUAAAAGUAUUUUUUCUUUACAGCUUUAUUGCCUGCAUCAAGCAGGUUUCAUGUCUCAGCAGGUUUUUAAAGGACAGAACUGUGGCGCUUGAGUCCAGGUUUCUAGCUAUUGAAACAGUUUUGAGGCACUUCUGCAUUCACAUGUGCAACUGGCUUUAAAUAAAUUCUUAGUUUGUCUUUGUUUCCAACAGUAUUCUAGAAAACACUGUAAAUGUCUUAUAUGUUUUUUCUUAACUUGAAUGACGGCACCCAUCUUUAUACCUGCACUACAGUAGGAAGCGAGCAAGAAUUUUAACAUUUGAAAGUGUGAGACAGUCGUUAUUGAGAGGAAAUGGAAAAACUGUCUGUCUGCAAUGUGAGAAAAAUCCAUUCAAAAAUGCUUUGGAAAAUGGUUCACAUCAGUAAAUAGUGUUCGUGAUUCUUUGGCCAAAACUUGCAAAAACCCUGGUAUGAUCCCUUAUGUCUGACAUUGCCAAGAUGACCACAAACCAAAGACAAGGACUAAAUCAUCAAAUGCUGGUACUUCCCACUAUCAAGCUCUGAUGACACACAAACUCGAGCACUUCCCACAGAGAGCAGCGAAUUACUCAGAGACACUUCUGCAGCCAUGAGACAAUGACCAGGAGGAGAAUCAGUGUGUGUGCAGUCUUGUGUUUAAGAUAAGGUGUAAAUAUACGUUGUUGCUGGGCUUUGUGACUUGUUAGUGUUGAAUGUUCUGAAAAAGGAAUGUCGUUUAAAAUCAAACAGAGGUCUGCGCUAAAUUUAACUUUGACUGCAUUUCCGGGGUUCGGAUAAUAUGAGAACGGACAAUAAUAUGUACCAAACUUUGCCCAGAUCACACACAGCAUCUGUAAAUGUGUUUAAACAGACCUUUCAGAAGGCUUCUAUGCACUACUUACGCCUGGAACUCUGUUUGUACAAUUAAUAAUAAAAGCAGCACAAACUG